AUUACAGGGAGAAAUCUCUCUCUCUCUCUCUCUGUAUACACAUACACAUAAAGCACAUACAUCCACAAAAAUGACAUAAACCAUCUCAAACAUUCCGUUUCUCCUGCUUUUAAACCACUUGCAAAGGGGUGAUUUUUCUCUUCUGCAAAUACCUGCUCUCCUCAUCAUCUUGUUCCUCCAUCCAUGGAUACUGCUCAAUGGCCACAGGAGAUAGUGGUGAAACCAAUGGAAGAGAUUGUUCAAACUAACUGCUCAAAACCUUCCCUAGAGAGAAGGGUUAGGCCUCAGAAAGAACAAGCCUUGAACUGUCCUCGGUGCAAUUCAACCAACACAAAGUUCUGUUACUACAACAACUACAGUCUGUCACAGCCAAGAUACUUUUGCAAAACCUGUAGAAGGUAUUGGACUGAAGGUGGGACACUUAGAAACAUUCCUGUUGGAGGGGGUUCAAGGAAGAACAAGAGAUCUUCAUCUUCUUCUUCUUCGUCAUCAGUUUCAACAAAGAAGCUUCCUGAUUUAAUACCACCACCAAAUUCACAGUCUUCUCAAAACCCUAAGAUCCAUGAAGGCCAUGACCUUAACUUGGAUUUCCCAGUCGCUCAUGAUUUCAAAACUAUCGCAGAACUUAUUUCAGUACCCAACUUCGAUAGCAGCAACAAGAGCCACAUACCAACUCCUCCUUCUUCCUCAGCUUCAUCUCGCCUUUCUGCUUUGGAGCUUCUGACUGGAUUUACAUCAAGGGGUAUGAAUUCCUUCAUGCCGAUGCCGAUAACUGAUCCGAAUACAGUUUACACAUCCGGGUUUCCUCUGCCAGAAUUCAAACCAUCUCUUAAUUUUUCUUUGGAUGGGCUUGGAAGUAGUGGCUAUGGGAAUCUCCAAGGGGUGCAAGAGACCGGUGGAAGGCUUUUGUUUCCAUUUGUUGACUUGAAACAGGUCUCAUCAAACACAACAACCGAUGUUGAGCAAAAUAGAGAUCAGCAUGGAGAUUCAACUGGAUAUUGGAAUGGCAUGUUGGAUGGAGGAUCAUGGUGAAAAAGAUCAGCAAAAAUCUUUCACUUUUUAUUUUAAACUGUUUUCUUUAGUGUCUCUUGGUGGGUGACUUGUUUGGAUUAAUUUCUUCAAAACUAACUUACAGGAUACAAGGGUUUCCUUCAUCUUUAUCCUUCAUUUUUUUCUCUGUGUCUGAUCAUUGUGGGAAUUCGAGGCUUAUUUUAGGUUGGCUUCAGUAAAGGUGAUUAUGGAUGCAUUGUUACAGAUAGAAGAAGAGAUGAGGAAAAGCCCAGAUUUUUUGAGGGGCAGCGAGUUAAAGAGGGCUUGCACUAUUAUGUGCAUAUAACCUUUGGUUGGUAUCAUAUCACUUCUUCUAUCAUAGAGUAUAAAUUAAGCUGAGGGAAACCCCAUUGUAAUAUGUCAUUGGUUUGCUUGUUACGUACAAACAAUAAUGUAUAAUGUGUAAGUUUGUAUUGGGUUUUGUCCAUGGAAAAGACUUUGUUAAGUUGAUUUCCUUUACAAUAGUAUUCUUAAUUUCAUUGGUGAUAAAAAUGGGUCGCACUCGCACUAGUGGCUGUAAUCAAUGAUGCUUUUCACCUCUUUCUUGUCUUGUGUUUGAUUCUUACGAACAGGCUUAGACUUUAAUGUCUCAUCAACAUAGUCAAGGAAUUCAUCGAACCAUCAAAGCAUCUCUUCAGGAGGAAGAUAGGAGCUUGAGUAACUAAGAAGAUACAGGUUUGAACUCCAUGAUCCUUCGGAUGAUAGUGAUAUACUGUAAUGUAGUUAGUAGUCAUGGAAUGGAAUGGAUACACCACCCCUAUAGAGUUUUAUGGAUUAGAACCAGUACACCUGCUUCAACAAAAAACAAAACAC